AUGGAGCCGACGCAAAAUCUCCCCGCUCAUGUCGGGAGCCUGUGGGAGAAUGCUCUCACUCAGAUUGGGGAUGAGCAGUUGAAGGUCGUGCUGGAAACAACCGCGAGAACGCAAAAGAGAGAUAUCCUGUUCCAGCAAGAAAGCCAGAAUGAGGGGCUGUCUGAUCCCAUCGAUGCUUUCUUUCCCUGGACAGCUAUUCGAUACCUCCUUCGGAAGCUGAUCGAGGAUGCUCAAGAAUAUGGCCUUCUGAUCAGCGAGUUGGAACAAAUUGCCCGCGUAAUAACCAAAUGCGCUCAAGUCGAACGCCAGAGCCUUCAUCAACAAAGCCCUUCUAUGAGAGACAACUUGGUAAUGGCAUUGACACGCCUGUAUACCGAAAUUCUCGAGCAUCUUGGGAGAAUGAUCUGCUACUACAAAGCAAACACUCUUGACACCAUGGAAGAAAGUUAUUUUCGUUCUAGACAGAACUCGGCUGGCAUGGAGGAAAUCAUGAGGCAAGCAAGAGACAUACUAAAUCUUGCUCAACUGGACGAGGCUCAAGCAUCACGAUUCCUAGAACCAACUUUCGUUCGAUCUUCCCCCUUGUCUCUGGUAUACUGGAAGACUUUGGCUGCGGAUAGCCAGGAGAGAUUGAACUCGUGGCUUGCCCCUCUACCACUUAGCCAGCCUGUCAGAGAUUCAUCAGCAUUCAACCUAGUGCUGGACGACCCACAGUUCCGGUCCUGGCACCUCUCAAGCUCAUCUUGCCUGCUAUUCAUUCAUGCCCCUCCUGGUUGGUGCUCUGCAGCGGUCGACGAGUUGUGGGACGCCGCCCAAGAGACCGUAUCUCCUGCCCCGUUUGCCCACAUCUGCUGUGCCGAGAUGCCAUAUAGGAAUGAGGUUUCCUUGUCAGACGCCAUUAUGCGUACCAUCUUGUCACAAUUACUCACUCACAAGAACGACGAAACAAAGAUCCGCGAACUUCUAUGGGCCGGCUUUGAACGCCGAUCGGCUCUAGCAAGAGUGAGAAGGCAACAUGUCGCCAGGCUGAACAGCCACGAGUGUGUGCAGCUCAUUCUUGAACUAGCAGAGCAAGAUCCCUUGACGGUUGUCAUUACCGCCAUUGACAAGGUCAAGGAGGUUGAUCGUCGCAAUCUGAUGGAAGCCCUGAAGGAAAUUGCUGUCAAUACAGGCAACGUGGCAAAGGUACUCGUAUCUUGCAGUGACGGCAUCAGCGUCUUCUCCACGCUGGCUCAAGACCACCUUGAGUCUCAAGGCUUUCUUCCAACUCAAACUGAAGGUGAUGUCUCUUUCAAUGCGAUCUGUUUUACAGGCUGUAUAGAGAGAAAGAUCGAAGCCGUAACAUCCUCGCCAGAAGGAAGCACCUGUGGCAUUGAAUCUCGAGUCGAAACGGCCAGUGGCCCGCAACAGAUCCCUAUUCAUCUUGCUCAGAGCGAAGCAUCAUUCAAGACCUUCGCAGAUUACGAACUGGCCAUCGUGGAGGCGACAGAAGCUGGCUCUGUGACUGGCCUUGGACGACUUGAGCAUUCCAACUUCUAUCAUCAGCUAUUAUCCGAGGAAAACAAGGAGAAAGUGAUUUCAAUGACUCGAAAGGCCAUACAAGGUGGCCACAUUGGAGUUCUCGCCUGGUAUCUGAAGACAUCGUCCCUCGCUUAUCAUCCGCUUCCGGCAGAUGCAGUAGCUGUGGCUGUUUUAUAUAGUGACCUAGCGACGGUUAGGUAUCUCAUAGACAAUGCCGUCGUCUUGGUACUUAUUCAACUCGGGGCAGACGUCAAUGCAAAGGGAACUUUUGGAAGUGCCUUGGACAUUGCGGCAAUGAAAGGACACGCAAGCAUUGUCAAACUGCUCCUUGAGUCAGGAGCGAGCGUUUCUCGACGACGACGAGGAGUGCAUAGAUCCGUUUUGCAGGCUGCUGCAUUCAAUGGUCACUUGGACACAGUAGAGCUGCUACUUGACGUAGGGGCAGACGAUUCUAUCGGAGGCUACACAAAGGACGCACUUCAUGCCGCAAUAGAGGGAGGCCACGCUGAUAUUGUGUUGCUCUUGCUCGCAAGAGGUUUCCCGUCUCGGCCACGCGAUAGGCUGUAUGGGAAAGAGCAAUGGCCGGCCCGUUCCAGCGAGUCCAGAGACCUUCUACGUGAAGCAUCUCCGGAGAGGGUUGCUCGAGAAGACGGCAAAUAUGACGAGAGUGAGGGCAAGGAGGAUGAUUUGGAAGCGGCAAUCCCUCUCACAAACCUCGAGGCCAUCUUUGAGGCCGAUCAGCAUCCGUGGACUCGGAAACAGAGUUCGAUGGCGGAUCAAAAGAGGGAUUCCUUCAAGUACAUCAACGCUCUUGAUUCAGCUGUCCGGGCAGGGCAUGAUAGUGUGGUUGAUCUGAUCCUCAGCCUGGCAGAUGCUCUAGAUCUUGGCAACAACGCAGUCGAAAAAGCUACUGUAGUCGCAGUGGAACAAGGCCAUUUCUCGAUUCUCGAUCUUCUUCUAAAGCAUCUAACUACCAGGAUACCCAUUACUGAAUGCCUCAGGUCUCUUUUUGACGCUGCGCGUCAAUCAAAGACUCGGAAUUGUUCAGUGGCGGAGCAAGUCUUUGCCCUUGUAGGCCAAUACUGCACCCCUGCCGAACUGGACAGGUUCAAGGCAGAGACGCUCACGAUGGCUCAAAGAUACGAGGCAAGUGAUGAUUUACCCCCCUGGUCGGUGGCUCAAGAUCUGAGGUCCGCCUGUACCCAUGGGAAGCUUGAUGAACUGUUGACCAUCAUCGACUCAAGACAUAUUUGUCAACUCAAGCCAGAACAAUUGACAGAAGCACUUAACCUGUGUGCCAUGUAUGGCCAUUCUUCACCUUUCAAAUCCCUUUUUGGGUUUCUCCUUGACUCUGACUACAUCCACGACAUGUCCCAAAUCUCAGACAGUUGCCUGGUCGGAGCAGCGGCAAAUGGCCACCUCGAUAUCGUCAAGUUGCUCAUCUCGUUGCGAGAGACAGCACCAUUCAGCACCAUGGUUAUUGGCGGCGCAUUAAUCAAUGCCUGCGAAAGAGGACAUGCCUGUGUUGCUCAAUACUUGGUCCAAGACGUGUCGGCAAAUGUCAACGAGCUUGCUUUCGAUUCUCUGCUAGGUCUGUUGUCAGAGUUUCCGUUCAAAGUGGAUAUCUGGCGCCCUUCUCGAUCAAGCCCCAAGAAUACCGGAUCUUCUGUCCCUAUGAUAUCGCCUCUCCAAGCCGCUCUUCGAGGCUUCACAGAAGCAAACUGCGGUUAUACGAGGAAUGGCUGCAUGCAGCGUAACAUCAACCCUCAGUCCGACCCUGAUCAGAUUGUCAAAGUGCUGCUGGACUUGGAGGCCGACCCAAAUGAGCUUGGGGAUCAACAGAUGUAUCCUAUCCAAGUCGCCGCAGAGUUUUGUCCUCCUUCAGUGGUGAAACAGUUAAUCGAAGCUGGUGCCGAUGCCAACCUGAUUGUGUGGGAAGAUUCGGCCAUCUUCAAGGCAGCAGGUCGAGAGGUGUCAAGUGGGGAGGCACUGAAAGUGCUCACGGAUUCUGGAGCCAAACUUCCUGACGAAGAAACCACCAUUCAAAAGCUAUUUGGGAAGCCGUUGUACUACUUUGAUCCCUAUCCCCAAGAGGAUGGAUGUUCUUCUCCCCAAGAGGAGGGAUGUUUUUCUCGUAGCCACGGCUUUCAGGUCAAUCAGCCCUUGGAAGAGGUGUUUAAGCAAGGACCUGGAGCAGCCAUUUCUACCUUGAUGGCGCUCUACCCCCAGUGGAAAGCUUCUGACGAGAGAUGCGGACAUGUCCUGCAAAUGGCAGCCUUUGUAAACCACCACGACUUGGUCGCCACGCUGCUGUCACGAGGCGUCGAUGUCAAUGCUGCAGGACACUACUACGGAACAGCUCUACAGGCUGCAGCACGUUGUGGACAUAAUGAUAUGGUCCUCCGGCUGCUUAGUGCAGGUGCUCAAGUCAACAUCCUCCAAGGGCAGUGGGAGACGGCGCUGCGUGCCGCAAUUGUCGGCGGUCACGAGGAGGUCGUUCGCACGCUUCUUCGCAACGGCGCAGACUUCAAGCUGGGAUCGACAUUCGAAACCGAGAACCAUGGAGAUAUAACAUCUUCCUGCUUGCAAAUGGCCGUCAGGACAAACAAGGUUGGCAUAGUCAAUGCCCUUCUCGAGGCUGGAGCUGUUCCAUCCGACGACGAGUCAGACCGAAUGGGUAAGGACGUUGAUCAGCCUCCGCUCAUCAUUACUGUUCUGCGAGGGAACCUAGAGAUAGCAAGAAAUCUGAUCGACUCUGGUGCCGAUGUCAACACGGAGGGCAGAAAGAGAGGCAACUGCAGCAGUCUCGAUGACAAGCACGCGAGUCCGCUCUGUGCAGCGAUCUCCAAGAAACGACUGGGCAUUACCAGGCUUCUUCUGGAACGUGGCGCCGACGUGAACGAUAUAACCAAAGGUUUUAGAAGCCCACUUUCUCUCGCAGUCGACGUAGAGGAUCAAUAUCUGGUGCGCCUCUUGCUCAAACACGGGGCCAAAGUCCGCACAGUCCUCACAGAGGCGGCUGAGCAUAACCACCUGGGAAUAGUUCAAGACCUGCUAGCGGCUGGGGCAAGAGUCGACAUCGUGCAAGGGCCCUGGGAGAACCCUGUCAUAGUGGCUCUCAAGAAACCCUAUGGUAGGAAGGUGAAGGACGUCCGGAUCGUCGAGGCCCUUCUGGAGGUUUUGAUGGAGACUCCGGAUCCUGAACCCAUCAUGGAGAAAGCUCUCUCCGAGGCCAUCAAGGAAGACAACAGCAGAAGCGUAGGCAUUAUACUUGAAUAUCUCCCUAUUUCCGCCUUGAGAUUACGUCAAGCCUGCUCUGCGGGGGCUGAUCAAGCUGUGAAGCGGGUAUUGCAGCAAGGCGUGGACCCCAACGAGGCUGACGACAAAGGGGACUAUCCCAUCCACCUUGCAGCUGCUCAUCUACACCCAGCUGUGGUCAAUACCUUGAUCCAACAUGGAGCUGACUUGAACGCAACCACCCGCGAGGGCAAAACACCACUCCAAGCAGCCUUGGAGGCCUGUGCAACACCACGACUCGACCUCUCAAAUUCAGGGCCAGCAUGGCACAAACCAAGGAGUACGACAGCCCGGAAGCGCCGGCGAUUAUCCGUGUGGCCUAGAGACAUCGGCAGCAAUCCUCCUACCAUCGCGUUUCCCAGGUUCCAUCGAUGUGAGCUGAUUGCGGCCACGCUACUAGACAACGGUGCAAGCCCUGUCUCCGUGACGAAGAGUGCAGCAGGGUCGCCUCUUCAUGUGGCUUGUCUGAUUGGAAGCAAACAGACAGUUGUCAGGCUUCUUGAAAAGGGUGCAGACGUCAAUGAGAUCGGUGGUCCUUUCGAGCACGUCCUAUUCAUUGCCGUCGGAACCAGCCGACCAGACCUUGUUGCGCUUUUGCUACAGCACGGGGCUGAUCCCAACUACCGUCGUGAGAACUACGACACCCCGCUCCAUCUUGCCGGCAAGAUGAAUUCAACAUUAUCGGUCAAGCAUUUACUCGAGCAUGGAGCAGAUGCGGCCAAGCGUGACGCCGAUGGCAAUCUCCCGCUGGAUGUUGCCCUCAAGAGCGCAGAAACAGAACGGAGAAGCUCAACCCACAGUUGGAACGAGGAUACUGUUCAGUCUCUGCUCAAGUCAGCAGGAGGCGAUACUCAAGAGACUGGCUUGUCCAAGCCCGCAAGAUGA